UUCCGCCCCAACAUCCUGUUUUAUUAGGAAAUACAUCACCACAGAAAACUGCACUGCGAGUGAUUUCAUGGGGGCUUUGAUUGUGCUCGAAAUUUCAAGAAAAAUAGUCUUUCCAUUCACUAAAAUGGAUGAGAAAAUGUCUUUAUUUUUAUCAGAAGGAUUGCAUAUAUUUCAGGAUUCCUGAAUGAAUACUGGACAAGAACUGCAGCUAUAAAAGUAAUCAUCAUCGAGGCUGUUUAACCAGCACCCACCGUUAUUGGGCGCCAUAAUAAAUAAAUAAGUCGAGAGAGGAGCGCUGCAGCCGAACUGCUGAUGUCAGGCGCUUCAGUGCUGCAUUUCAUGCUGCAGGGUGGAUGGCGACGGCGAUCUUCUCCGGAUUCACACAUGCGAAGCCUGACAAACAACAUGCGGACUGUCGUGAUUAUAUCGGCGCUAGUAUUAUACCUGGCUCCGUUAGGGACCACGGGGAAAAAGGUUUUUAAAUGUCCGUCUGCAUGUAGCUGCUCCAAGGAGUCUAUUAUCUGCGUCGGGUCCUCGCAUGUCCCGCGAUUCAACGAUGUCAGUUCACUGAGUAUUGUGAAUGGGACCUUCUCUGAGGUCAAGGAGGCGAUGUUCUCACACAUGCCGUCCUUACAGUUACUGUUGCUGAACUCCAAUGCCCUCACUACAAUAAGGGAUGACGCAUUUUCUGGCCUUCCACACCUGGAGUACCUGUUUAUAGAAAACAACAAGAUUGAGACAACAUCAAAAUACUCUUUCAGAGGACUUAGGGAUUUAACCCAUCUGUCUUUGGCAAACAACAACAUUAAAGCUUUGCCCAGAGAGCUAUUCACUGAUCUGGACUCAUUGAUAGAGUUAGACCUGAGGGGCAAUGUUUUUGAGUGUGACUGCCGAGCGAAAUGGUUGAUGAUGUGGCUAAAGAGCACGAACGCCACUGUAUCAGACGUCCUCUGCGCCGGCCCUGAGGAGAUGAAGGGCAAACGUCUCAAUGACAUGGCGAGCUUGCAUAACGAGUGCAUCUCUACAGAUUUCAUUCCUCUCCACUCUGUGCCUACGGAGUCUUUGUCUGUGGACACGUUUUCACACAAGAACGACGUGUACGUGGCCAUCGCGGCUCCCAACGCAGAGAGCUGCAUGGUGCUCCAAUGGGACCACAUCGAGAUGAACUUCAGGAGUUAUGACAACAUCACAGGUCAGUCUAUUGUUGGCUGUAAGUCUGUGAUUAUCCAGAACCAAGUCUUUGUCAUUGUUGCUCAACUCUUUGGUGGUUCCCACAUCUAUAAGUUUGAUGAAGACCAAAGCAAGUUCACAAAGUUCCAGGACAUUGAGGUAUCAAAGAUUUCCAAGCCGAAUGACAUUGAGGCCUUUCAGAUUGGCAAUGACUGGUUCUUCAUCAUCGCUGACAGCUCUAAGGCUGGUCUGUCCACUCUUUACAAAUGGAGCGACAAGGGCUUCUACUCUUACCAGUCCCUUCAUGAAUGGUUUCGUGAUACAGAUGCAGAGUUUGUCAGUUUGGAUGGUAAGGCCCAUCUUAUCCUAGCAAGUCGUUCCCAAGUACCUGUCAUCUAUCAGUGGAGCAGGAGCACUCAGAAAUUUGCCUUGCAGGGUGAGAUCCCUAACAUGGAAGAUGUAGUUGCUGUCAAGGCCUUUUGGAUAAAGGAGGAUCUUUAUCUGGCCAUGACCCGUUACAUCGGUGAUUCCAAAGUCUUGCAUUGGACUGCUAAGGUGUUUUCUGAGGUUCAGGCCCUUCCUUCAAGAGGCUCCAUGAUCCUGCAGCCUUUUUCCUUCAAAGAAAGGUACUACCUGGCUCUGGGAAGUGACUACACCUUCUCGCAGAUCUAUCUGUGGGAUGCUGAGAAGAAGGUUUUUGAGCGUUUCAAGGAAGUCUACAUCCAGGCUCCACGUUCCUUCACCGUGGUCUCCACUGACCGGAGGGACUUCAUAUUUGCCUCAAGUUUUAAGGGCAACACACAGAUCUACGAGCAUAUCAUCAUUGAUCUGAGCCUUUGAGUGCUAUUGUGGAUACAGUUGCAAUUAAGGCACGUCUACUCAGCAGCAACCCCUCCUUCGGCAGUUGGGCAUUUUUCUGGGCAAUACAAUUAGUGGGUUUUGGGAUGAGGGAGUUCUGGUAAGCAAAUGUAAUAUGGCAUUAUCAGGUUCAUAGUAGAAUAAGUAUUACGUCAUGCAUCUGUGUAGUUUUACAUAGAUUCUGGGAAGGCCCUGACAGUUUUUGUUUUACUCCUCAGCCCUGCUGAAUCAGAGGACAUUUCUGCCGAAAGUAUGGUGCAUGGACUGCAGAAAACAGUUGCACUUGUCACCUGUAACAACCUAAAUCACUUUACAUAAUGAGUACCUUUGAGAGCCUUUCAAAUCUCUGUAUGCAACAGCUGAUAACAUGCAUGAUGUGGCUGCAACAACAUUGAAAAAAAAUACAAUUUUCAGAGCAGGCAUGCAGAUCAACUAGUGAUACAGGUGACAAAUGCAGUCCUAUUACCUUUAGAGACAUCAAAGAAUAUUUUUACCUCAUUGUUCAAUAUUGAAAUCAUAUCUCUCGUUUAGUCAAUGGAAAAAGAUGUGAUGUCAAGUAAUUUAAAAUGAUUCGCCUCAUAUUAUAUUUAUUAGGAUCUCUUCAGAUUGAAACAAAUCAACUUAAAUUUCAGUUGUGUGGUCAUUAGGCAGAAAUGUGGGUUUAUGUGGUUGGGUGUAUUGAAUUCAAGAAUGAAGCCUUUUGUGAAUGGAAAAGAUAAUCUAAAAUACAGGGAAAUCGUCAAAAGCACAAACCUUUAAAACCAUCAUACAUCUUAUAAAUACAGAAAAUGACUUAAUAUUACUCAUAAACUUCAACAAUCCAACUGACUUUUGGAGUCAAAGAUUUUUUUUUUUUUUGCUCUGUACAAUGAAUGUAAACAACUUUUUAUUUUAAAGGCGCAGUAAGCGAUUUCUGAGAAACGCUGUGUAAAGUGGAUUGGACCGAGCAUCACAACACACUUGUAGACAAUCAGCAGUAGGGGGCGUGUCCACUCAUGAUGGGGGAGGAGAGAGAGUAAGCAAGAAGGAGAUUUGAAGAAACACUGUAGAAAGAGAGAUGGCUGAGGCACAUUACAUAAGAGAAAAGGUCAGAGAAAUAUCACUGGAAAAAGAGGAGAGCUUUAGGACCCACGUUAAUAUUAGAAAAGCUUUCCAGCGCUGGAGAGACUGAAGCGGGAAGGCCUGAAGAUGGACACAGAGGUUGUGUUGUUUCUGCUCCAUACAUGAGUAACAUUGGUUUUGCUGUCAUUGUAUGUCUGGAGCCAGUGGCGGAACUAGACCGUGAGAGAAUAUCACGUAUAAUACUUGUUUGUUUUCAUUGUUUUGACCCAUGUAACAUUGUAUUCUAAUAAAUAAGCUCCCAAAAGUGUAUAUACCAGUGAAAUUUCACAAUUCUUGAUUCAAACUUAUAUACCACAGCAAAAAGUACAAGCCUAACUAAUAAACAUUUAUUAAAUGCAAUGACACAUACAACAACAGGCUGUUUUAGGCUGCUGUCACUUUAAGACCAAAUGCAAAAUAUUACAUCCAAUACAUUUACACACAUUAGAUUUCUUUCUGAACUGUUUACAAUCGGUUAAGACAUAACCAACUGUGUUUACUAUGACACUCACAAGGUGGCUAUUUUGAUAUACUUUUAUGUGUAUUUGUCCGUUCAAGCGCAAGAAGAGUAUGUGUGCGCGCUAUGGAUGACGCGCCAUAGGCCUCACACCAGACGCAUCGCGUUCAUACUCUUGUAUACUGUGUUUAUUUAUUUUUUAUUUUGUUCUUGUCAUUCUUUCGUCAGCUUCAGCUAUGAUAAAGAGACAUCCACUUGCUUUGCGUUUUUGUGCAUUUUGGGGGUGGAGCAAUGAUUGGAGGGGUGUGUUUUGAUUUCAAAUAUCAACUGCGUUCCUCAGAAAUCGCUUACUGCACCUUUAAGAACUAGUGACAUAAAUGUUGAAUGUCUGACUUAUUUUGAUAACAAAUGUGCUAAAAUAAGAACCUCUUUUCCUUACUGUUUUGCAAGCUGGGAUACAGAGAGAACAAAACCCCCAAAUUAUUGCAGCCUGCAAAAGCAUGAUAUUCAGCUAUUAAUAUUCAAUACCUUUAAGUCUUGUAAAAACUCGAUACUUAUCUCAUACUUCAUCACAUAAUGUCCUUAUUCAUAUCAGUUUUAGCUUAAUCUGAUAUGCAAAAAUAGAAUUUUAAUUUUGUAAAUCAAUUUUUUAUUCUCAUUUGUUGAAUGUUGUUAGGCAUAUAUGAUUUUGAAUACUAAUGUAAAUAAAUGGUUAUAAACACUG